UGGUGCAGUGGAGUGGUGCAGAUGGCGCGCGAGUGCAAUGUAAAAAAGAAAACGGUGUUGAUCUUCUUAAUCCGUGAUAAAAUUAACCAAAACCAUGUAUUCCCCGAAAAUAGAAAGUAAACAAAGAAAUUUGUUCGUUUUGAUCAAGUCUUGAGGGAGACUUGGGCGUUUAGCGUUUCUUUUAUUGCAAAAGCGUGUGAAAUAUUCUAAACUGUUGGGGUAAGUGUUUGGUACAACAACAAACAAUUCAUGUGGACACCACAACUGGUGUAGAUUGCGAGACACAUGGAAGGUUUUGAUGCGAUUUACUAUGAGGAAGAAGAGGAAAACGUUGAGGAACCCGAAUCAGCUGAUGUCUCCCUAGUCCCUGAUCCCGUCGUGAUCAGGGGUGCAGGCAACAUGACUGUAUUUGGACUGAGUAACCGAUUUAGCACGGAGUUUCCCAGCGGGCUCGUCUCGCGCGUAGCCCCCGAGGAGUUCACCGAAACUGUAAUGCGCAUAAAUGCGAUUUUGAAAAAGACAUUGCCAGUUAACGUGAAAUGGCUCUUCUGCGGCUGCUUGUGCUGCUGCUGCACGCUAGGUUGUUCCCUAUGGCCUGUUAUUUGUCUUAGUAAGAGGACCCAGCAUUCCUUAAACAAACUCCUAGAGUGGGAAAAUAGUUACCUUUAUAAUAAGCUAGGGCUGCAUUGGCGCUUGACCAAACAGCAGUGCGACUCUUCAUCCAUGAUGGAAUACGUAAUUUUAAUAGAGUUUCUACCAAAAAUUCCUAUAUACAGACCAGACUAGCACAACUAAUGUAAAUAUGUAGCAUUGAACGAUGUAUGUAUAGACUUCACGGGAAUCUCUACCAUAACUCUGUAUAUAAGGCAAUAUAUGUGAUAGUAGACAUAUGGAUGCGUUGCUUUCUUAACCGGUAAUUACUAAAUUAUACAAUAGUACAAAUUUUAAUAAGAAAUAUUUUAGUAACGUGAGGUGCUGUGUACUCAUAUUUUCCUAAUCUACAUAUUAAAUUUGUUUGUAAGUCGGCUAGUUGUGUAUUUUCUGAUCAAUUGUAAUUGGAGUUAGUUGCUUAUGGAUUAUUUAUAACUAUUGGGUAGGGAUUGUUUUAAAGUUGAUUUUUCGUAUCUGUACUUUAAACAUAGUUUUGUGAGACGAUUAAAUGUUACUUUCAACGUUAUUUAGAGUUAAUUAUUAUACAAAAUGUAGUCUAAUAAAUUGUUAAUGAUCA